AUGGCGGGGGGAGGGGAGGACGUCAACGCAGGGGUGGCGCUGCCGUCGGUGGGGGUGGACGCGAAGAAGCGGCGGGUGAGCUACUUCUACGAGCCGACGAUCGGGGACUACUACUAUGGGCAGGGGCACCCGAUGAAGCCUCACCGCAUACGGAUGGCGCACAACCUGGUGGUGCACUACGCGCUUCACCGCCUGAUGGAGAUCAGUCGUCCCUACCCCGCCUCCGACGAGGACAUCCGCCGGUUCCACUCCGACGACUAUGUCGACUUCCUGUCGUCCGUCACACCAGAGGCCGUCUCCGCUGCUGCCGCCGUCGCCGGCGGGGGACUGGGCGUUGACUCGUCGGCAUCAUCGUCCUCCGCGGUGUCGAACGCGAAGCAGCUGAAGAGGUUUAAUGUCGGGGAGGAUUGCCCGGUAUUCGACGGACUGUUCGAUUUCUGUCGGGCUUCCGCCGGUGGCUCCAUUGGGGCUGCCGUUAAGCUGAACCGAGAAGACGCUGACAUCGCCAUCAACUGGGCAGGUGGGCUCCAUCAUGCGAAGAAGAGCGAGGCCUCGGGCUUCUGCUAUGUCAAUGACAUUGUUCUCGGGAUUCUAGAGUUGCUUAAGUAUCACAGGGUAUCCCCCGGCUUCAUUAAAAUUUACUUAGCAUAAUAGAUCACGUUUUAAUUUUUUCCAUCAGUAUAUUUCCCUCUUUUCUUCGAAGUAGAAGGCACUUUUAAAUUCUUUAUUAUAGUCAUUCUGUGAUUCUAGUGUUUCCUUAUCGGAGCGGUAUUGAGGCUAGGUUAACAUUUGAUUUGAUGACCAAUCUUGUUUAAGUAGCACAUGUGAAUUCUAAUUCAUCAAUAACUGAAAUUCGGUUGACUCACUACUGCUGAAAAUGGUCAUUUUCUCCACGGCAACCUCUUUGGAAACGAUUGCUAACUCAUCCUUACUCCAAGCACUGCCAAUGUCUCCCUUUUACCCAAUUUACGUCUGCCUCUCUGUCAAAUUUACAUUUUGACAGUAUAUCAUAUUCAUUCACAGCUUCUAACAUCUGAAAAGCUUAUUUAUUUGCCGUGAUACUAUCUUAUGUAAUAAUUCAGCGUUGACUGCCGGUAGUUGUUUCUCCAUGGAACUCUAAUCAAGGGGUAUUUUUCAGCUUACUGUUCUACUUCCUCACAUACAUAUAUCAUAUUGCUGCUUCCAUUUCCUCUGUUUGUCUUCAAAUUUUAUCCUACUAAGUUUUAUCUCAAGAGGAUCAAUGGAGAAGUACAUUGUUUUAGUUGUGACAUUUCAUGAUAAAUGGGAAAACAGCAUGACUUGUGAAGCAGUCCAAUAUUCGUAUUAGCAGAAUGUGUUGUGGCAACAUUGAAGUCCAGUAUGUCAUUCAUCUCUCAUCAUGAAUUAUUGUUUGCUAUUUAUUUUUUAGACUGAGUACCCAUCGGGAUAUGCUCAAUUUUAACUUAUUCUCUCUUUGUCAGCGAGUGCUCUAUGUAGAUAUUGAUGUGCACCAUGGAGAUGGUGUAGAAGAAGCUUUUUUCACAACAGACAGAGUGAUGACUGUUUCCUUCCAUAAGUUUGGAGACUUCUUCCCUGGCACUGGGCAUAUUAAAGACGUUGGUUUUGGCCAAGGGAAGUACUACGCACUAAAUGUUCCUUUAAAUGAUGGAAUGGAUGAUGAAAGCUUCCGGGGAAUAUUUAGGCCUAUAAUUAGAAAGGUCAUGGAAGUUUACCAGCCCGAAGCUAUUGUUCUCCAGUGUGGGGCCGAUUCUUUGUCUGGAGAUAGGUUGGGAUGCUUCAACUUGUCAGUUCGGGGUCAUUCUGACUGCCUACGUUUCCUUAGAUCUUUCAAUGUACCUUUAAUGGUCUUAGGAGGCGGUGGUUAUACUAUCCGCAAUGUUGCUCGCUGUUGGUGCUAUGAGGUGAUGCAUUUCUUAGGUCUUGUUCGUUACUUUUAUUCAUUUCCAUUUAUUUGAUCAAUUUUCUAACUUUACAUGCAUUUUCCCACAGACAGCGGUCGCAGUCGGUGUUGAACCCGAUAAUAAGUUGCCUUUUAAUGAAUACUACGAGUAUUUUGGACCUGACUAUACUCUUCAUAUCGAACCGAAACUUGUGGAGAACCAAAAUACUCCGAGAGAUCUUGAGAAAAUAAGGUAGUUUCUCAGGGUUUUGCUCAGCCGUUUUGUUAUAAUGCAAAUUCAUUUCUUGUUUCAUCAUUUUGGUUUCUCUGCAUGCCUACUGUUGCGAUGCUCUGCUUAGUCUUUUUCUUAGUAGAACAGUUUCGAUGGGGCAGCAUAUUUGGUUGAUUCUCAGGAAUCACGUGCUUCUAUUAUAAUUUCUGUUUUUUUUCAUGCAUUUUAUUUUCCUUACAGUGGACGGUAUUACCAUCAUCACGUGAUAUGAAGAUUGGUUGGUAUUGUUACUUCAAACCUGAUAUCACAUUCUUAUCUUAUUUCUUUAGGUCUGUGCUUUUGGAGCAUCUUUCUCAUAUACAGCAUGUUCCUAGCGUGCAAUUCCAAUCUAGGCCGCCAAAUACAGAACCUCCAGAGGAAGUGGGUCUCUAGAGUUGAUCAAUUUCCAUUCUUCUCUCUUGUAUUUUAUUUAUUUUGCUCUUUUUUUUUCCAUCUUGUGAAGUCGGUUAAAUGCAGGAAGAGGAGGACUUAGAAGUGAGACCGAAAAGAAGCUUAUGGACUGGAGAGGCUUAUGAUUCUGAGCACGAGGAAGACCAUAAUGAGGAUAGGGAAGACCUUAAGGAAGAUGGGAUGCUCAUCGACCAUAAUUUGGACACGGCAGAUAAUUCUCCACUGUGA